AAAAAAAAAAAAAAAAGAGACAACACCACAACAGCGAGAGCUGGAAAAAUGUGCAACGUCAACGCGCUCGGAGUCUACGUGUGGGAGACAAUCGUUUUCUUCAGCCUGGCAGCCUCCAAGGAAGCUGAAGCAGCAGCUCGAUCUGCCCCCAAACCCAUGUCUCCUUCUGACUUCUUGGACAAGCUGAUGGGGAGAACUUCAGGAUACGAUGCCAGGAUCAGACCAAAUUUUAAAGGCCCUCCAGUGAACGUCAGCUGCAACAUUUUCAUCAACAGCUUUGGUUCGAUUGCAGAAACAACGAUGGAUUACAGGGUGAACAUCUUCCUGCGGCAGCAGUGGAACGACCCCCGGCUGGCCUACAACGAGUACCCCGACGACUCCCUGGACCUGGACCCCUCCAUGCUGGACUCCAUCUGGAAGCCCGACCUGUUCUUUGCCAACGAGAAAGGGGCCCAUUUCCAUGAGAUCACCACAGACAACAAGCUGCUGAGGAUCUCCCGGAACGGCAACGUCCUCUAUAGCAUCAGGAUCACGCUGACUCUGGCCUGCCCCAUGGACCUUAAGAACUUCCCCAUGGAUGUCCAGACGUGCAUCAUGCAGCUGGAGAGCUUUGGAUACACAAUGAAUGAUCUCAUAUUUGAGUGGCAAGAAAAAGGAGCAGUGCAAGUUGCUGACGGGCUGACACUGCCUCAGUUUAUCCUCAAAGAAGAAAAAGACUUGAGAUACUGCACGAAGCACUACAACACAGGCAAGUUCACCUGUAUAGAAGCUCGUUUCCACCUGGAGAGGCAGAUGGGCUAUUACCUGAUCCAGAUGUACAUCCCCAGCCUUCUCAUUGUCAUCCUGUCCUGGAUCUCCUUCUGGAUCAACAUGGAUGCUGCACCUGCUCGCGUGGGGCUGGGGAUCACCACCGUGCUCACCAUGACCACGCAGAGCUCUGGCUCCCGAGCAUCACUGCCCAAGGUGUCCUAUGUGAAGGCCAUAGACAUCUGGAUGGCUGUGUGCUUGCUGUUUGUGUUCUCUGCCCUUCUGGAAUAUGCUGCUGUCAACUUCGUGUCCCGGCAGCACAAAGAGCUGCUCAGGUUCAGGAGGAAGAGGAGGCAUCAUAAGAGUCCCAUGCUCAAUCUGUUCCAGGAGGACGAAGCUGGUGAAGGCAGGUUCAACUUCACCGCCUACGGGAUGGGGCCAGCUUGCCUGCAAGCCAAGGACGGCAUCUCUGUCAAGGGAGCCAACAACAACAACACGGCCAACCCGGUGCCGCCGCCGUCGCGCUCGCCCGAGGAGAUGAGGAAGCUCUUCAUCCAGAGAGCCAAGAAAAUCGACAAGAUCUCCCGCAUCGGCUUCCCCAUGGCCUUCCUCAUCUUCAACAUCUUCUACUGGAUCAUCUACAAGAUAGUCCGCAGAGAGGACGUGCACAACCAGUGAGGGGAGGGGAGCAGCCGGGAGGGAGUGAGCAAUCCUUUAUAUAUGUGCAAUAGCAAUGCAGCAAUGCAUGAAUUUAAGAAUGCGGCAAUAUCUACUUAAAAAAAAAAAACAAAAAAAAAAGGGGAGGGGGGCUGGGAGGGAGUUUUAAUCAUGUGAACUGAGGGUGUCUGGCACAGGGAGGAGAAAAGAAGCUCUUGAUCCGGGGAGCGCAGGGUGGGAGUUAGUUUUACAGCAUAGGAAGAUGUGGAUUGCUUCAGCAAUCCAAGCAGUGUAAUAUAGUAAUAUAUAUUCAUGCUUAAUUAUAAUGCAAAAAGAAAACAAAACAAAAAAAAAAAGACCGACAAACACAAAUCCUUUUUUUAGCCUAUUAACAGCUUAGAUUCUCAAGUCACUGGAAUGAUUCAUGAUUCCAUGUGCAGAAACUACUGCAAUUACGCUUUAUCUGACUUUUGCUAUAGAAAGGCCAUUCCAGUCAAGCACGCGGGGGGGAAAAGCCCUAACAAAAAGGGAAAAACACCUCAAGAAAAUAAUUCUGUGCUUCUCUAGGUUUUGCACUUUGAAAACUGGAUAGAUGGGGAAACUUAAGAAAGAGGCUGUGGAUUGCUGUUUAUUUUACAUAUUUACGUUUUUUAGUCACGGGUUUGCCGAUCAAACACUUUGUGACUUUUGCAUAGAGGAAAGCAAAUACAUUAUCUCUCUCAUCUCCACCAGAGAGCAUCCAAAGGAAACCCGAGAAGGACAUCAGGGCCUUCAUCAGAAAUCACAGGUACCUUCUGUCCUUUUAAACAGCCUGGCAGGAUUCAAGUCCCAGGAGGCAGAAAUAUUAUUCAGAGCACUAGAAACGAUGAAGGAUUUUUAAAAUAGCUUUGUUUGUUUGUUCUGUUUUGUUUUUCCAAACCCCUUUCUGCCAUGUUUGUUUACAAUGGGGGGAUGGAAGCAAUUGUAUUUAAAAUGUAGAGAAAACAGGCAUCUUGAUGCCUUGUUUUGACAGGACCGGGCGUGUGGCAAUACUGUCAGUGAGGGGGGUGGGGGGCAGGUGUGUAUAGAGAGAGCAGCUUUUAUUUUCUGACAUUUCAUAGCAGUUAUAUUAAUAGUGAAGCUGGGCCAAUGGACCCAAAAUUCUAUUUUUGUAUCUAUUUUGGUGCUGCAUUUUACCUUGAACACGGAUGGGAGGAUGGAGCAGGCUGCUUUGCCCCUCUUUGCUGCCUGGCAGAGAGAGGGGGCUGGCUGCCACAGCUUGGUGGGGUUGGGGACAGGGGGGAGGGAGGUGGGAAGGGGUGAGCAAAGGGGUUUCUCUUUGCCCAUGAGGUAGCACAGGUUGGCAUCGGUGUUUGGGGUGGGGAGAAAUGUGCCAAACACCUCUAGGGUGUUACUUGAAAGCCUGGCUUGGGGCCUGUGGGCAAGCCAAGGGCUUGAUGUCCCACUUGUCCCUCUGGGCCCCUGGGUGUGAGCUGGCUGCAGCACCCAGGGUGACUCUGUUGUGUUCGUUUGCACUUUAAGGAGAGAGGUGAAAGAGAGCAGCAAGGAAGAGACAAUCAGUCUGCACUGAAGCACUUGGGGUCAGCUCUGGGUUAGGCACCAAUAGAAGGCAGAGAGAAAAGUGGCACCCAUGGGGUGCAUCCACUGUCCUCCCUCUCCUGCUCAGGGUGGGAGCAGGGCUGAGCUGGGCUGGGGAUCUGCUGUGGGAGCACACAGCUCCCUCCUGCAGAGGCUGGAAUAGCUCACAGCAAAGUGCCCUGGGGUCCAGCCUGGCCCAGGUCAGCAGCACCCAAGCCUGGGAUGGGAGGGUGAAGUCAUGCUUAGCCAUGGGUGUCCCAACCAGCACAGAAAGAAGUAGGUGAGAGGACAAGGGAACCUGGGAUCUGUCCUACACAGGGAUGAUGCCAGGAGGAGAAACACCAGAGAAAACAGCAGGGCUUGCUGUGGCUGAGUAGAGGGACAUCCAUCUCCAAGGCUGCCAUUCAGCACCUUUCACCAGCACUAAAACCACUUUAGUUUAAGAGGAAAAAAAAAAAAAAAAAAAAAAAAAGGAAAGAAAGAAAGGAAGAAAGGACAAAAAUAGAGGAAAAAAGGGAGGAAAAAAGAUUAAAACCACAGCAGUCACUGUGUGGACUAGGGCCAAUAUUUUGGCAAAGGCCACCCAGUUUUCUGAGUCCCUUUGUACUGCUGAGACAGGGACAGGUCAUCGGGUCACACAGUGGGAGCACGAGCCAGCACAUCAGCCCUUUCCCUGCACUGGAGCACAGAAAUCCUGUGGACUGAGGAUUCCUCCUUCCCCUGGCAGACGGUGCUUUCCCAGGCAGAGGCAUUGUUUGAUGCUGGGGCAGCAUCCCGAGCCUUGGCUGGAGCCCAAGUCUGCUGCUGGCUCUGGGUUUGUGCUGAAUUAUUGAACUCUCCCCGCGUGCGCAGGGCCGGCUGUGCCAGCUGCGGUUUGUGAUUGAUUCAAACGCCGCCGUGUCCUUGUCUGAGAUGAAAGGCAAAUCCAGGGAAUUUCCUUCCUGCCCGGCAGCACAGCAGAGGCUUGGCAGCCCACAUACCACAGCUCCUUCCUCAUGCAGGUGAAUGACCUCAAAUUGCUGUCAUUUGGGUAAAAGCAUCCUGCUUCCUCGCUGCCUGGACCUUGCACUUCGGAGUGGGGCAAUCUGGCCAUGGCUCACACACCUUCUGUCCCCCCAGGGUACCUGGGCUGGCUCUCCAGGGCUGCAGGGCUCCUUCCUAGAGGAGCUGCCUGUAGGUGAACAAAUCCUGUGCCCCAUCUUCCCACCUAGCUGAGCUUUGGUCCUACAUCAAACCCAAACACCAAGGGCAGGAGCAGAGCAAGGAGGAAGAAGACAUUUCCACCCCACUUCAUUCUGCUCCAGCUGUACAAAGGAGAAUCCCGUGUUCAUCCUGGACCUCCUGGGUGCAGAUGCAGUUAUGUCACAGCUGCUGCUUCACUGGAGCUCCAGUGCCACUUCCUGGCACAGAAUAAGGCAUGUAGGGACUGAAAAUCAUCAGAGAGAUGCUCUUUCUUGCCCAUACUUCAGCUGCCAGUGGAGCCCAGGGAAGUUUAGGGACUGAAAUAAGAAUCACACUCUUACCAGCUUGCCUUGGACUCCAGUUCAGCUUUGCCAAGCUCUGAGCACAUCUGAUGCUCACCAUAAACAGUGUUGUUUUCUCUUCCUCAAGCUGCCAGUUUCCAUUUGGGCCAUCAGGUGACAGUGAGCAGCUCACACCCCACCAGGAAACACACGGGAAUCCUGGUGAAGGUGUGACAGUGCUGAGAUAACUGUCCCAGGGAUGUCCUGCCAGAGAGUUUCACCACCUAGACAAGACUUUAGACUGUCCCAUGACCCCCUGGCAGGUCUGGGUGGUUUUCAAAAUCAAAGAUUUUCCUCCGUCUGUGCCAGGUUGUGUUUAGUCUCUGUAUUGCAAAAGAACUCGUUUUGAUAACUUAUCUCACCUUUAAAAUAGGCUGCUUUAAUGGUGCCAGCAAUUAUGCUCAUUAGUAAGAAUGCACAAGGUUUGAUAUUGCAGGGUAACUUCCCAGCACAUUGAUGGAAUUUAACUCCAUAAUUGUUAUCUUUCCUUGAGAAUGAGGCUCAGAAGCAAAACCUCUGAAUAAAACAGCAGUUUUCUAGCAGUAAAGAGAGAAAAUCGGGUCCUAAUUCACUUGGCUUCUUUGGAAAAAGAGAGCUUUAUCCCAAAUAUUAUUUCCAGAUGUUGCUGGAGACCUAAUGCUUUGUGAGCAGGAAUUCUUUUUCCUUACACAUAAAUAUAAUUGUCCAGAGUAAAAAACCACCAGCUUACUAUAUUUUGAUCAGGUAGCAGAGUUUUUCCCACUUUAAUACUUGAUCCUUCUGGGAUCCCAGUGCCAUGGAAGCCAGAGAGGUGCUGAAGAGGGUCCAGGACAGAGCAGUGAGCACGUGGGCUGCUGCAAUCUGCAGAGCCCAGCCUUGGCCUUGGCCAGGCACCAGCUGCCUGGGAACACUCAGGUCAUUCCCUCCAUGGCUCUGGUGGUGCCCUAAAUCUCCUGUCCUAGAAGAUUUUGGUUGUCAGGCCUGGGGGACUUUUCUUCUAAAACUAUCAAACAAUUUCAAAUGCUGAAUAAUCUCAUAUCCUCCAAACAGGAACUUCUUUUUGGCUUUGUUUUCCUCAGACUUUUCUGGAAGCUUUUUCUUGUUCUUCUGAAGAUCUUUCAUUUUUCAAAGCAAAGAUAAUUCAAAUUUGGCUGUUGGCUGCCCUUUAUCUUGACUGUGAUUUAAAGACUUCAUUUCCCAAUGCUGGUAGAAAAAUGGUUAGAAGCAUUUACAAUGUAUAUUUAUGAAAAGAAAGGAACAUAUGAAAGGAGAAAAGGCUGCUUUCAGUGGUGCCAUAUUUUUCAAAGGUUGCAUACAAUCAUAUUUUUGUACUGUACUACCACUACUUAAUAAAACAUAGCUCUUAUCCCUGUGCCAAAGACAGACAAUCUCUUUCAAUAUCCUAUUGCUUACUCCAAAACCUUGAUACUGGCAGCAGUGGACCACACAGUGUGGACAUCAGUACCUCAAACCCCAGUCCUGCUGCAGCAUCCCACAGACUCCAGCUCAGCAAAGGAAUUAUCUGGUCCAUUCCCAGCUUGGAGGCACCCACACAUUCCUGUCUUCUUCUCCAAUGGAGGUGGAUGGAAGGGGCAUCUUGUGCUGCUCCUGCAUCAAUGGUUUUCCAUUAUUUGCAUGGAGAGAGUGCGCUGGUUAAGUAGAAAAUUGAGAUACUUGAUUGUUCUUCAGGGUACUAGGAUGAGCACCAAAGCAGAAGCUAAUAGUCAUUAAUUUUAGUAUCUUAAAUUACUUCAGGUUCUUUAAGUCUUCCCAUUCCCUUCUUUCUUCCUCCUUAACAAUUAUUUCUUAAGGCCAGUUGCACAUCUCUUGCUCAAAUGAACCUGCAUGAGACUCUCACUUCAUUCAAGUCUAAUGCACUUUUCUGUGUUCAUCUCCCUUUUUUCCAUUCCUGUGGGGCUCAGUUCCUCAGCACUGCAAGCUUUGGAGGGCCUGGGAUCAGUGUCUUGACAAAACAUGGCACUAAAGCCAUUCCCCAGGGCAGGCAAUGUGACAGGUCCCAGGGAAGUGCUCUCAUAGCCAGCCAGGCAUGGACAGGAUUCCUGGGGAAUGCCAAGGUGGCCACUGAGAGCUUUCUGUGAAAGAAAGCAGGGUCAGUGAGAGGGAAUUCAGUCUCUGGCUGUCAUUCUGGCUGCUGGAACGUUGGAAAGGACACAAACCACAGGGCAGGAAACAAGAAAAGGGAUGAUUUCAGCCCCCAGCAGAGGAAAUUACUGGUUAAAUUGUCAAAUGAGGAUCCUGGCAAAGAGUGGCGGAGAACAGGAAGGGGAAGGAAAAGCACUAGGAGAGGUUUAGUUUGCAUGCCACAUCACUCCUGCCAUCCAAGGCCAACAAGGAUGGUGCAAGGCAGCAGGAAUUAUAUGAUUGUAUUAAAAUACGACUAUCAAGUCUGACAAACCUAAGCUGCAGUCCUUGUGCCAGGUUUCUGAGCAGAAAUGACAAGGGAGUGUUAUGUUUGUGAUAUUCCUGCUCCUGGGUCUGUUGCAGACAGUGCUGGGUCCCAGCAGUGCUGGGGCUGGGUGAGCUGUGGUUUGACCCAGGCCACGCACGGGGAGAGGGAACAGAUGGAACAGAUUCAGCACAAGCUGAUGUUGCCACUCUGGGGAAAGGCAGGGGGAUUGCUGUGUGUGGGUUUAACAAUCCCUGCAGCACUCAGAGCCUCAAAAAGCACAAGGGAGAGGGAGCAGCAGCUCCCAGCCAGGACAGGGGACACAAACCCUGUCCCCAGACUGAGGGUCAAGUAUGUCAGUACAAAAUCAUCCAUGUUUUCCUGGGCAGAGGAUGAUACCAGCAUAAAUAAGCCAUCAGCACAGCUUGAAUUUAGCUUUUAUUUACAGAUUUUCCACUUGAAUUGCAUAAGUAGCUUAAGUCAAACAAGGACAUCCUCCUCACCUAUCCAGGAAACUGGGGCAUGAGGUAUCACCAGUAACCACGUGCCCAGGCUGUGAUCAUGUCACUGCUGUGGCACAUGAGUGAGGUUUGGCACAAGCAGGGGCAGGCAGAGCUGCCUGGUCUGAGGCACACAGAGCUCACAGGUAGUGUUUGCUGCUAAGGCUUUUGGGAAGCUGGGCCCAGGACUGUUAGCACUGUAGCAAGCCAAAAUCCCCUUCCCCAGAGGGUCUGUGGGAGGACAUCUGCCUUGUCCAGGCACUUGGUGACACUGCAGCACUGCUGGGUUACCUGUCUGACAAAAACAUGAAUCAGGCUUUAGGCUGCAGCCAGCUGAGCCAGAUGGCCUAGGUUAAACACACCACAGGAUUUGGGCACUAAAUUACUGCUCCAGGUUCAAGCCUGAACCACCUUUGCAGUGAUGACACCAUUGCAGUCACAAUUACAGUGGAGGCCUGGUAACUGCUUAAAGCAGCAAGGCUCUGUCAGUGCCCUGCACACAUCAGCAGGGCAGGGCCUGCAAUGGGAACAGAAAUGGGGCCUGGGCUCCAGAGUUUCUUGCUUGGCACCUAAUCCCAAAACACUGACCUUUCCUGAAUGAAAACUAUGCAAUAUUGAAGACUGUGCCACGGGUGGUGCUUUAGCCACUUCCCCUGGGUAUGCACUCACACAUUCUCAGAAGUGUCCUCACACAUCACUCGGGCUGGGGGGAAGAACCAAGGAGUUCCUGAGGAGCAGAGCCAGCUCUGGAGCUUGUGAUGUGCCACAACCCUGUUGUGACCUCAGCCAGGUCUGCUCUGCUGAGGCUGCACUAUUAGAAAGUAGAAGAGUCCUGAGAGUUCAGCUCCCCAGCCAAGAGUACAGUGAAGGCAGGGAUCUGAAAAGAGAAAGGAAGAGCAGAUUAAGGAUUGUGUAAGGGAGAGGAACAUGUAGUACUCACUCCUUGCUGUAGUCAAGUGCAGUCACUGCAACAAUAUGAUCUUACUGGGAGUCAAGGCUUUAAAUACUGCUGCUUAUUCAUUGAGGGGCUGGAAAGAGAAUUCAAGAGGCUGGACUUGUCCCAUGGAGGAGGAGACAUGGGACAGCAUGGACAGUGUCGCCUCUAAAAACAGGGCUUGAGAGACCAGCAAGGAAAGGAAGUGGAGAGGGGGCAGCCCCUGUUACCUGAGAAUGGUGCUGGGAUCACACCUUGCUGCAGGCCAAGGUGUGGGACACAGGUACAUCCUUCACAGGCAGGAGUGUGACCAUCUUGGCAAGUCCUUGGACAGAUGCAUGCCUCCACUUGCCAUCAAUCCCACUUGUGAUCAGGAUAACUAGAAUUUAAAAAAGAAAUCACUAACGACUUAGGCUAUUGUUACAUCCUCUCCUUACCAUUUUGAGUGGCUGUGGCCAGUCCCUUGGUCACAGCAGUAGAGCUCAGCUGUACAAGAGAUGCUUAGCUAGAGGCUGACCCAACAAAAUCUUAGCAAAGGGAGCAGAAGUUCCUUUGCCUUGUGCUUAACUAGGCCAAGGAAACAACUGCACCAGAGCUUUGAAACACUCUGCCUACAUUGAUUCUGUACUUUCCUUUCCAUUCCAAUCAUACCACCUGGUAUGCUUUUGUCCUGAACACUGUCAUUCUUCCAAUUCUAGGGUUAGAUCAGAAGAGAAAAUAAGCUCAGAAACAGCAUGGGCCAAGCUGACAAAUCCCCAAGUUAACCUGCCCAGAGUGGAGAACUGUGAAAACAGCACCUCCACAUCCAGAUAUCCCAUCCCACCAGCCCUGACCAGUGCCACUUAACUUGAGAGGGCAUUUAAAAGUCACACACACAUUUCAGAACAAUAAUUGAUCCAUAAUCCUUACAUCAGGUCACAGCAGCAGGUUAAUCUGGGGAUCUGUCAGCUUUGGGAGCGUUCAAAUUGUAAUUUUUGGGAAACAAACAUUAAGAUUCAAACAGUGAUGUAAUGAGAGAAUUUGAGAGGCAGGUAAGCAGUUAACCUUCCCCUCAAUGGGAAGAGUGACCUGUUGUGCUUGAACUCUGCCUCUGAGCUCCUUGUCACUGUACAACCAGCCUGGUGCUCCCUGUGACCAGGGCAGGGGGUCAGGGGACACCAGCAGCUCCAGAGGUACCUGAGGCACAAAGGCCAAGGGACUAACCUCACCACAUGCAUGUGGAAUGAAUGAUCCUGAAAAAUGCACUGCCUGGAGCAUCUCAAGCCUACUGUGAAAUGGAAUUCCUACACAAAUGGAGAAGUUUGUGUGGUUCCCAAGUCUGGCCGCGACACACUGACAGCACUAAUCAUGGCCAGAGCUCACCUCUUCUUUCGUGGACUUAUCGAGCUGCAGCAAAGGCUUGACUGUUUCAAAAGAACUGAAAUAGGAGGUAACUGUGCUAUAGGAGGUAACUGUGCUAAAAGCCAUUCAUACUUGUGUAUGUGUGUGAGAUACAGCAAAACUUCAGUGGAUUAAGAGACUGAGAGAAGUAGAGACAAAGCAACACACAGAGGACUUCACCUAAAAAUGGCCUGACACGCAAAGGUCACUGCACUCCAUCGCAGUUUGCCAUCCUGCAGCACUGGUGACACCACUCUGGAAGCAGCCUUGGAACCCUGAAGAUGCACAAGCCUGUCCCAGUUUGUCACCACCCACCUGAGAUCAAACCACAGCCAUGAACAGGCCAAACAUCGUGGACAGUGACAUUUUAUGGACUGUUUUGUCUCUCACCUUCUACCACAGUGUAUAGCAUAUCAUGCUUGUUAAAUUACAACUAAGGAGUAAUGAAAAACUUACACUUAAGUGACAUAAAAAAAAGGGGGGAGGACCUACAAAUUUCUCCCAUCCAACUAUAAACGCACACCCAUUUACAUUGUUUUGUAAAUGAAUUUAGAAGAAAAAUAAAAAUAUUAAGAUAUUUCUCUUCAGGACAACCACUGCACAUUUGGUUUUGCUUUGGAGGGGAGAUACAAACACACACAGCAGGAAUUCUUUCCAAUUGAAAAUAUGUAAAACAAAUAGAAGUGGGAACAGUUCAGCACCUAGACAGCAUUUUCCUUCUGUCCUUGAUAAACAUUAUCUCAGUUUCCCACAGCAUUUAUUUCACUAGUCAAACCCUCAAAAUCUGGUGUCUAGGAAGAACACCUCUCAAAAACUUCAGAAAAAAAAAAGCCUAUUAAGCAGUGGCAUUGUACUGCCCCAUUUUCUGUAUCUCUCCCAUCUGCAAGCCAUUUGUAUGAAGAAAAUCUUUGUUUCCAAAACUUGGCUUACUAAAGCUCAUUUGUUCCCAAACACAACAGAGCCUUGGUGCUGUUUACAGAGGCCGGGCUGGUUCAGCAGCAGCAGUGGGGAUGUUCCAGGGUGUCCCAUCCCUCUGCCAGCACUCCCUGUCCCCAGGGAGGGCAAUGCCAGCCACCCUCCCUCAGGGUUAGAAUGUGGGGUUGAACACAGCCCCAGACCUUGGCUGUUGGACAGAGCCUCUUGACACACAGGUACACCACAUGUAAGAACACUAUAUCAGCGUUCUUCUGUAAGUACUGAAUCCAGAUUAGAGCUAUUUAUGUGGGGUUUCAUGCGCUUGCUGAAAAAAAACAAAACAAAAAGGAUGUUUUCCCAACAUUGUUCAUCAACAGGAAAGGAUGGCAACAAGGUCAGAGUGUUUUCCUUCUUCAAUCUUAUCAAGAUCUCCGAAGCAGUGACAUUAAAUUGACCCAAGUCUGAUCAACUUUUCAGCAUAGGAAAAAGGAGCAAUUGCUCUUAACAGGACAAAACUCAUCUCCCUUUAACUUCACAUGAGCAUCUUUAAAACAAUGAAAGAGCUGCAUAUGCAGCUGUUUUCACUUUCUUCUUUGCAUGGUGGGUGCUGAAAUAUCCACAUCUCAUAGGAGAUAAUCAGAAAACUAUUCAGAGUAAGAAUCCCUGGAGUUAAUGUAAGAAGGAGGAAAGAAGUGGGCAAUGCAAGUGCUCUCUGAGUACCUCUACUGGUUCAUUUAGACAAGCUGAAAAAAGAAUAGAAAAGUCAGUGCUUUUUAAUUUUCAUGCUACUCUCCCUUCAAGAACAAAGGAGGCAGGUGAGAAAUACAAAAUAUAGUUGUGUUUAAAACAUAAGAGGUAAGAUUUUUCAAAAUGAAUAAAUCAGCUUAAUCAUUAAGUACUUACAUAUCUUCUCCCUACCCACCUUAAAAAGGGAUGUCCCUGUAUUUUCUGUAUGAAUUUACUAUAUAUACAUAUGUAUAAAUCUAUACAUACACAAAAUGGGUAUGGCCUUACACUCCAUUUAAGGAUAUUUUGCUACAUGGGUCAGAGUGCAAAGCAAUUGCUUCCUUCAAAUCAGUAUUUUUACAUCAUGAAGACAUAAACCUGUAACUUAGACAAUUUGCAUGACCACACAGCCACAGUGGCAAAUUAUUUUUCUGGCUUGUAAAAAAAAAUUUUAAAACAGAAGUUCUAUUUCAGCAGUUUGAAGAUGGAAUGUAAAGUUUCUGCUGUUAAAUGUAUAUAAAAUAUAUUUAUUGAAUCAUACAUUCAUGCUGAUUCCAAUAAAAAAAAUUAAAGAUU